CGGCAGCAUGGCUCACGCCGCGGCUUCCAUCAAAAAAGUUCGCGAGGCCGACCUGGACGAGAAGGAGAAAAACCUGGAGAGGGAGCGGAAAAAGCAACGGAAAAUCCCCAGGGAGCGCUUGGAACGGAAAAGAAAGUCUGACAGCAAUGCCAGCUUCCUCCGUGCUGCUCGAGCAGGCAACCUGGACAAAGUGGUGGAAUAUCUGAAAGGGGGCAUAGACAUCAACACCUGCAACCAGAAUGGCCUCAAUGCUCUCCACCUGGCAGCCAAAGAGGGUCAUGUGGGGCUGGUACAGGAGCUGCUGGGAAGAGGGUCUGCAGUGGAUUCUGCCACCAAGAAAGGAAAUACUGCCCUUCAUAUUGCAUCUUUGGCAGGACAAGCUGAAGUUGUCAAAGUUCUUGUUAAGGAAGGAGCCAACAUUAAUGCCCAGUCUCAGAAUGGCUUCACUCCUUUAUACAUGGCUGCCCAAGAGAACCACAUCGAUGUUGUCAAAUAUUUGUUGGAAAAUGGAGCAAAUCAGAGCACUGCCACUGAGGAUGGCUUCACACCACUUGCUGUGGCCCUCCAGCAAGGACACAAUCAAGCAGUGGCCAUCCUGUUGGAAAAUGACACCAAGGGGAAAGUGAGGCUGCCAGCCCUCCACAUUGCUGCCCGGAAAGACGACACCAAAUCAGCCGCGCUACUGCUCCAGAAUGACCACAAUGCAGAUGUUCAGUCCAAGAUGAUGGUGAAUAGGACAACCGAGAGUGGUUUCACCCCUUUGCAUAUAGCUGCCCACUAUGGAAACGUCAACGUGGCAACUCUUCUGCUAAACCGGGGUGCUGCGGUGGACUUCACUGCCAGGAAUGGAAUCACUCCUCUGCAUGUGGCUUCCAAAAGGGGGAACACAAACAUGGUGAAGCUCUUGCUGGAUCGUGGUGGUCAGAUCGAUGCCAAAACUAGGGAUGGGUUGACACCCCUUCAUUGUGCUGCGCGAAGUGGCCAUGACCAGGUGGUAGAACUGCUGCUGGAGCGUGGGGCCCCCUUGCUUGCAAGGACAAAGAACGGGCUGUCUCCGCUACACAUGGCCGCACAGGGGGACCACGUGGAGUGUGUGAAGCAUCUGCUACAGCACAAGGCGCCGGUGGACGACGUCACCCUGGAUUACCUGACGGCCCUGCACGUGGCUGCGCACUGUGGCCACUACCGCGUUACCAAACUGCUCCUGGACAAGAAAGCUAAUCCCAACGCCAGAGCCCUGAAUGGUUUUACUCCACUGCACAUUGCCUGCAAGAAAAACCGCAUCAAAGUGAUGGAACUGCUGGUGAAAUAUGGGGCUUCAAUCCAAGCUAUCACCGAGUCUGGCCUCACACCUAUACACGUGGCUGCCUUCAUGGGCCACUUGAACAUUGUCCUCCUUCUGCUGCAGAACGGAGCGUCUCCAGAUGUCACUAACAUUCGUGGAGAGACUGCUCUACACAUGGCCGCUCGUGCUGGGCAAGUGGAAGUAGUCCGAUGCCUCUUGAGAAAUGGUGCCCUUGUUGAUGCCAGAGCCAGGGAGGAACAGACACCUCUGCACAUCGCCUCGCGCCUGGGCAAGACCGAAAUAGUGCAGCUGCUUCUCCAGCAUAUGGCACACCCAGACGCAGCCACGACCAAUGGCUACACACCCCUGCACAUCUCUGCCCGAGAGGGCCAGGUGGACGUGGCCUCGGUUCUUCUGGAAGCAGGAGCCGCUCACUCCUUAGCUACCAAGAAGGGAUUCACACCCUUGCACGUGGCAGCCAAAUACGGAAGCCUGGAUGUGGCCAAACUUCUCUUGCAACGCCGUGCUGCCGCUGACUCUGCAGGAAAGAACGGCCUCACCCCGCUCCAUGUUGCUGCUCACUAUGACAAUCAGAAGGUGGCGAUGCUACUACUGGAGAAGGGCGCUUCCCCCCACGCCACUGCCAAGAAUGGCUACACGCCUCUGCAUAUUGCCGCCAAGAAGAACCAGAUGCAGAUUGCGUCUACACUUCUGAACUAUGGAGCCGAGACCAACAUCGUCACCAAGCAGGGUGUCACCCCACUGCACUUGGCCUCACAGGAGGGCCACACGGAUAUGGUCACCUUGCUGCUGGAUAAAGGAGCCAAUAUCCACAUGGCCACCAAGAGCGGCCUCACCUCCUUACACUUGGCAGCCCAGGAAGAUAAAGUAAACGUCGCUGAUAUCCUCACCAAGCAUGGGGCUGACAAGGAUGCUCACACAAAGCUUGGCUACACUCCUUUAAUUGUGGCCUGUCACUAUGGGAAUGUAAAAAUGGUCAACUUCCUUCUGAAACAGGGAGCCAAUGUCAAUGCCAAAACUAAGAAUGGCUACACCCCUUUGCACCAGGCCGCCCAGCAGGGCCACACACACAUCAUUAACGUCCUUCUGCAGCACGGGGCAAAGCCCAACGCCACCACCGCGAAUGGAAACACCGCCCUGGCCAUCGCCAAGCGCCUGGGCUACAUCUCCGUGGUGGACACGCUGAAGGUGGUGACGGAGGAGGUGACCACCACGACCACGACCAUCACCGAAAAACACAAGCUGAAUGUUCCUGAGACCAUGACAGAGGUGCUUGAUGUUUCUGAUGAGGAAGGAGAUGACACCAUGACAGGCGACGGUGGAGAGUACCUUCGGCCAGAGGACCUUAAAGAGCUAGGGGAUGACUCUCUGCCUAGCAGCCAGUUCCUGGAUGGGAUGAAUUACCUGCGCUAUAGCUUGGAGGGAGGACGCUCAGACAGCCUCCGCUCCUUCGGCUCGGACCGGCCCCACGCACUGAGCCAUGCCUCCUGCCUGCGGGACAGCAACCUGAUCGACGACGGCGUGGCCCCCAGCCACCAGGUGUCCAAUCUGGCCAAGGAAGCAGAAAGGAAUUCUUAUCGCCUGAGCUGGGGCACCGAAAACCUGGACAAUGUGGCUCUUUCUUCCAGCCCCAUUCACUCAGGCCGCGCCUCUCCGUGUCUAGACCGCGACCACAGCAGCUUCCUGGUUAGUUUUAUGGUGGAUGCUCGGGGUGGCGCCAUGCGGGGAUGCAGACACAACGGGCUCCGGAUCAUCAUCCCCCCUCGGAAGUGCACUGCCCCCACACGUGUCACCUGCCGGCUGGUCAAGCGGCACCGACUGGCAACCAUGCCCCCCAUGGUGGAAGGAGAAGGCCUGGCUAGUCGUCUGAUUGAAGUUGGACCUUCUGGGGCCCAGUUCCUUGGUAAACUCCACCUGCCAACGGCUCCCCCCCCACUUAAUGAGGGAGAAAGUUUGGUCAGCCGCAUCCUUCAGCUGGGGCCUCCUGGAACCAAAUUCCUUGGGCCCGUGAUUGUGGAGAUACCACACUUUGCUGCUCUUCGAGGGAAGGAGCGGGAGCUGGUGGUCCUUCGCAGUGAGAAUGGGGACAAUUGGAAGGAACAUUUCUGUGAAUACACGGAAGAGGAGCUGAACGAAAUCCUGAAUGGCAUGGAUGAAGUCCUGGACAGCCCUGAAGACCUGGAGAAGAAGCGGAUCUGCCGCAUCAUCACCCGUGACUUCCCGCAGUACUUUGCUGUGGUAUCACGGAUUAAGCAGGACAGCAACCUGAUAGGGCCUGAGGGAGGUGUGCUGAGCAGCACCGUGGUACCUCAGGUGCAGGCUGUCUUCCCAGAGGGAGCCCUGACCAAGCGGAUUCGUGUGGGCCUCCAGGCUCAACCUAUGCACACUGAACUGGUGAAGAAGAUCCUUGGCAACAAAGCUACCUUCAGCCCUAUUGUCACUUUGGAACCCAGAAGGAGAAAAUUUCACAAGCCAAUCACCAUGACCAUUCCUGUACCCAAAGCUUCCAGCGAUGUUAUGUUGAAUGGCUUUGGAGGAGAUGCGCCAACCUUAAGAUUACUAUGCAGCAUAACAGGUGGAACCACUUCCUGCCCACAUGGGAAGAUAUUACAGCAACUAAGACAUGUGACGUUCGUCAAUGAAUGUGUUUUCUUCACCAAUCAAUGUAUCGUGCCAGAGGAGUCCAUGGGCUCUGUUGGGGAUCAUAAUGUCAGUUGCCAUUUGUCUUCUCUGCGAUUCUGGCUGAUAGAUUGUCGACAAAUCCAGGAGUCUGUGACUAGCAUCCCAAGUGUAAGAGAAAUCAUCUGUGUACCUUACAUGGCCAAAUUUGUCGUGUUUGCCAAAUCACAUGAUCCCAUUGAGGCCAGACUGAGAUGUUUCUGCAUGACAGAUGACAAAGUGGAUAAGACCCUGGAACAACAAGAGAACUUUGCCGAGGUGGUGUUAGAAGGAAAACCUAUCUAUGUUGACUGCUUUGGCAACCUGGUACCAUUAAUCAAGAGUGGGCAACAUCAUAUAUUCAGUUUUUUUGCCUUCAAAGAAAACAGACUUCCUCUCUUCGUGAAGGUGCGUGACUCCACUCAGGAACCUUGUGGCCGCCUGUCCUUUAUGAAGGAGCCGAAGUCUACAAGAGGUCUGGUGCAUCAAGCCAUCUGCAACUUAAAUAUCACACUACCCAUUUACACCAAGGAAUCAGAUUCAGAUCAAGAACAGGAAGAAGAGAUCGAUAUGACAUCAGAAAAAAAUGAUGAGACAGAAUCCACCGAGACAUCUGUCCUGAAAAGCCACCUGGUCAAUGAAGUUCCUGUGCUAGCAAGCCCGGACUUGCUCUCUGAAGUGUCCGAGAUGAAACAAGAUCUGAUCAAGAUGACGGCCAUCUUGACCACAGACGUGGCCGACAGGACCGGCUCCAUCCGAGUGAAGGAGCUGGUGAAGUCCACUGAGGAAGAACCAGGAGAGCCUUUUGAGAUUGUUGAGCGAGUGAAAGAGGACUUGGAGAAAGUGAACAAAAUCUUGAGAAGUGGUACCUGUAUGCAGGAGGCAGACAGUGGGCUGACGCCUCAGUUGGAGAAAGCGCUAGGAGAGGAGUGGGUUUGGGUCAGUAAGGAAGAGAUAGAGGAAGCUAAGCAGAAGGCACCCUUACAAGUCCCCGAACCCCCAUGUGUAGAGGUCAAGCUAGACAAAGGGACCAAAGGACCAAAAGAUAAAGUAGAGAGAGACUCAGCAGGGCUAGUGAACUACUUGACUGAGGACCUAAAUUCUUAUGUGUCCCCUCAUAAGGCUAAGCCACACACAGUUCGAGAGGUGGCCACAGGGGACAAGAAGGGGGUUCCGGCCAUGGUGGGGGCCAAGGGCUCAGAGAAAGAAGGGAAAGGAGCCACCACGGAUCAACCACCAAAGGUGCAGAAGUCGCCUAAACUCAGCCCAGGUAUCAAGAAGCCAGUGAGAAGGAAAUUAAAAGAAAAGCAGAAGGUCAAAGAGGAUGGUGUACCCAUGGGGGCUGACCAGAAGGAGCAGAAGAAAGGCAGCUCAGAAGAGUCGGGUGAGGAGGAACCAGGGCUGGCACCUCCUGAACCCCUUCCCUCUGCCAAGGCCACUUCGCCUCUGGUGGAGGUGACCCCCAUCGGCUCCAUCAAAGACAAAGUCAAGGCACUCCAGAAGCGUGUGGAAGAUGAGCAGAAAGGUCGCAGCAAGUUGCCAAUCAGGGUUAAGGGCAAAGAGGAGCCGGCCAAGAAGCCAGCCUCCCGGGCCUCUGGGAUGACGUCCCCAUCUCUGAAGUCCUCUCCUGCCUCCAAAGCUUCCGUCUCCUCGCUGUCUUCGGCCAAAGGUGAGAGACAUUCUUCAACGCCGUCCAAUAAAGUGGAGAAACACUCCCCAGUGUCUCCUUCAGCCAAACCUGAUAGACAUUCCCCCGUGUCGCCAUCCACCAAAACGGAAAGACAUUCCCCUGUGUCGCCAUCCACCAAAACGGAAAGACAUUCCCCUGUGUCACCAUCCACCAAAACGGAAAGACAUCCCCCUGGGUCGCCAUCUAGCAAAACAGAAAAACACCCCCCAGCAUCACCGUCAGGCAAGCCAGACAAACGCCGGCCCCUGUCGCCCUCCCCCCGGACAGAGAAGCAUCCACCGGUGGCACCCGGGAGAACAGAGAAGCGUUUGCCCGUCUCACCAUCUGCCCGGCCAGAGAAACCGACUCCAGUGUCUGCUGUCCCUGGGAAGAACCAGAAACACCUGCCGGUGUCUCCCUCUGGGAAGGCGGACAAGCACCCACCCGUGUCGCCCACAUCCAAGACGGAGAGGAUUGAGGAGACCAUGUCCGUGCGGGAGCUGAUGCGCGCCUUCCAGUCGGGACAGGACCCAUCCAAGCACAAGACUGGCCUCUUUGAGCACAAAGUGGUCCGACAGAAGCCACCGCAAGAUCGAGGCAAAGGGCGAGGAGAAAAGGACAAAGUGUCCACACCACCGCCUCAGCCCACCCCCCGGGAAGCACCGAAGACAGAAAGUCCGAUCAGCAAACGCAGUCUGAGAUUUGUGGCCAAUGGAGCUGCUGAAACCAAACGCGGGAUCCUGGCUGCCCCUCUGGGGUUGAAGAGAGAGGAGGCAGUAGUGCCUGAGAAGAAGAAGAUCCUCAGCCACCAGGCCCCUGAGCCUGUUCAGGCCGUGGAGGAGGAGAAGCAGAAAGAGAGGGAAGAAGGGCUUCAGGGGAAACAGGGUGAGGAAGAAGUGGCUGACUUGGACCUGCAGAUUAGCCCGGACAGGAAAACAUCCACCGACUUUUCUGAGGUCAUCAAGCAGGAGCUGGAAGAUAAUGACAAGUACCAGCAGUUCCGCCUGCGCCAGGAACCCGAGAAGGCACAACUCCACUUGGACCAGGUCCUCACCAGCCCCUUCGACGGCACAUUUCCGAUGGAGGACAGCAGGGAGGACUUCCUGCCCACGUUGGCCCUGCAGACUCGAGGCCUAGAGGGCAGCUGCGAGAGCCUGAGGCGGGCAGUGGGUGCCGCCUCCCCCUGCGGCAGCCUAAUGGAGGGGACCCCACCGCAGGUGAGCUCCGAGGAGAGCUUUAAGCAUGAGGGUCUGGCUGAGACCCCCGAGACCAGCCCGGAAAGCCUUUCCUUUUCUCCAAAAAGAAGCGAGGCUGACCAGAAUGGGGACACGGAUGGAACCACCCAGUUAGACCCAGCUCUGGAUAUCCAUGCAGAAAAAGAGCCCACCUCCAUCCGGGGGAUCACGCCAGGCUCUGAGCAAGAUGCUGAGGGUCCUGCAGACACAGAACUGCCUCCUGUCCAAGCGCCCAACCUGGACGCCCCUUCCCUGUGUUCCCCACAUGGAAGCCACUGCCUUGACAAUCAUGGCUUAUCCUUAGCAACAGAAACCUCCAUGGAAAAUGAUGGAAAGUCCCGGUUUGAGCAUCCACUCACACCUCCAUGCUCAGUUACCGAGAUCCCAGCUGAUGCCCAAACUCAGGAAUCCUGCAGUCCCGAGGCGUUAUGUGAGACCAACAUCUCCCCAGCACUUCCUGAGGUUCCAGCCACCUCAGACCUGGCCACAGAGUCCAAGCCACCGGGAGCCAUUCGGAGUCCCCAAGGCUUAGAACUUGCACUCCCCAGCCGAGACAGUGAAGUGCUCAGUCCUGGAGCUGAUGAAUCCUUGGCUGUGAGCCACAAAGACUCCCUUGAAGCCAGCCCGGUGCUGGAGGAUAAUUCCUCACACAAAACGCCCGACUCCCUGGAGCCUAGCCCCCUUCGAGAAUCGCCGUGCCGGGACUCACUGGAGAGCAGCCCUGUGGAGCCCAAGUCAAGGAGCAUUCUCCCCAGCCACUUUCCGCUCCCCGCCACCCUUGGCAAAUCCGAGAUCCUCUCUGAAGUGGCCUCAGUGCGCUCGAGACUGCUGCGAGACGCUGAUGGCAGUGCUGAGGAUGACAGCCUGGAGCAAACGUCACUGGUGGAGAGCUCUGGGAAGAGCCCUCUAUCCCCUGAUACCCCCAGCUCUGAGGAAGUCAGCUACGAGGUCACACCCAAGGCCACAGAAUCCAGCACCCCCAAGCCCACCGUGAUACAUGAGUGUGCUGAAGAGGAUGACUCAGAAAGUGGAGAGAAGAAGCGAUUCACACCCGAGGAGGAGAUGUUCAAGAUGGUCACCAAGAUCAAGAUGUUCGACGAGCUGGAACAAGAGGCCAAGCAGAAGAGGGACGGCAGGAAGGAACCCAAAGCUGAUGAUGACGAGGAUGAAAUUUCUUCCACCUGUGACCCAGAUGCUGACUGUUCUGCAGGUACAGAUGAGGCUAGGCCCAUGCAGAGCACAGAGGGUGCCCCUGAGGGCCAGACAGCAGAGGCAGAGGAGGAGACAGAGAGCAGAAAGGCUUCUUCCUCUUCAGAAAGUGAACCUGAACUGACACAGCUGAAAAAGGGUGCUGACUCGGGCCUCUUAUCAGAGCCGGUGAUUCGGGUCCAGCCACCAUCCCCUCUUCCCUCCAGCCUAGACUCCAAUUCCAGCCCUGAAGAAGUGCAGAUCCAGCCCAUCGCCCACAAGCAAUAUACCUUCAAGAUGAAAGAUGAUGAUGAUGAUGCACAGGAAGAAGCAGCUCAGCCAGAAGAGGGACGAGAUGGGAAAUCCAUGAUACCUGAAGACACUCAGCAUGUGGGCCCUGAUGGCCCAGAUGCUCUAAACAGAGAUGCAGAUGCACCCAGUGUCUGCCUGGGCCAUGGAUGUGAGGCUGGAAGUCCUAGCAAUUCUGUUGGGUCCAUUUCUGCAGGUGGCCAGAGUUCCACAGGGAACACUGCCCAAGAACAGUUUCAGAGCCAUUGGCAAUCAUCAUCAACUCCUCAGGACCUGGAGGGAAAAGUUGGAGACGUUUCUAGAAUGAACUCAUUACCAGGAGAUGGUCCCAGGGGAAGCUCUUCCUGUUCCUCGGGGUCUCAUUGCUCAGUGUCUGAAGGAAAGGAAUUAGAUGAACAUACUUCCUUGACAUCUUUGCCUUCAAAACUGGAACUAACAGAAAUGGAUGAAACACUGGCAAGUUCAUCUCAGGACUGCCCUGCACAAGAUUUCCCAAUUCUUGUGCAGACAGAACAGCAACUAUCCUUGGGCACUGCAGAUGUUGGCCUGGAAGAAGCUGAGGAAAGCUCGGAUCCUCAGCUCAUGAGUCCCUAUGAAAAUGUCCCUGCUCAGCAUUUUUUCUCCACUGCUGAAAGCCAAGCUCAGGCAGAUACAAACUAUACCAGCUUUCACUCUUCUUCCCAAGUAUGUUCUGUGACCAUCACCUCUUCCCCAGAAGGCCUUGUGACCACUGGGAGAACUGUUUUGAGUCAAGACUCUCAUCUUGAGGCCCAGAACCUUUUAUCCAAACAAGCAAGCCCCUCAUGGGAGACAGAAGCCAGAUCUGACCAUGCAUCUUCAGCAGCUCUGGGUGAGACUAUGAGCAAAGUCAUCAUCACCAGAACAGACGUGGAUUCUGACUCCUGGAGCGAGAUCCGUGAGGACGACGAAGCCUUUGAGGCUCGUGUGAAAGAGGAAGAGCAGAAGAUAUUUGGGUUGAUGGUAGAUAGACAGUCCCAAGGUACCACCCCCGACACCACCCCUGCCAGGACCCCCACUGAGGAGGGAACCCCAACUAGUGAGCAGAACCCAUUUCUCUUUCAGGAGGGCAAGUUGUUUGAGAUGACCCGUAGUGGUGCUAUUGACAUGACCAAGCGCUCCUAUACUGAUGAAAGCUUCCACUUUUUCCAAAUUGGGGAGCCUCUCUCUGAAGACCCAAAAGAGGGGGCUAUGGAGACAGUGGAAUCCCCACAGUUGGAGGCCUCUGAUGGGGACUCUACACUAUUAGAAUCAAAAGAAAUUGUGGAUGAUGAAGGGGACUUGAUUCCAGAUGAUGUAAGCGAUGGGGGGGAGGAACUAGCAGCAUCCCAGGGCAUUUCUGCCUCCAUGGAAACCAAAGAGGCCAAGGUUGUACCCACUAUGGAAAUGGGGGGUGCACCUCUUCUGAGCGAUGUGCAGACGCCUGACUCCAGCUAUUCAGAAUCAGGAGUACAAUAUGGACACCUAGAUUUUUCCACCAUCACCAGGCCAGUAUAUUUGGAUCGGGAUGAGGAUUCACCUGACACAUCUCCAGAGGAACAGAAAUCAGUGAUUGAAAUCCCUACUGCGCCUUUGGAAAACAGGUCCCACAUACCUCUUAGGACUUUCCCCGGGGCCAGCCCUGCUCUUCACAAGUCCCAGCCUUCCCUUCCAGAUAUGGCUGAGGACAAAAGCAACCACGAAGAGGAAACAAAACCAAAAUCUAAAAUCCCAGUCAAAACCACUGUCCAAAGAAUUGAAGUACAGCAACUGGUACAUCUAGAAGGUUCUCUGCAGCAGACUAUGGUUCCUCAGGGAGCACCCGAAAAGAGAAGUCAAUCAGAAUCUGAGGCCAGGCCUCUGGAUGCCGAGUCCCCACACCCAGUUUACACGUCCAGGGUUCCCAAGACAAAUGAGGAUUGCCCAGAGGGGUCAGAGGAGCCUGAAUUAGAGUCAGAAGAAGGGACCAGCCGACCAAAGACCUUUGCAUCCCGACUGCCGGUGAAGAGCAAAAACACCUCUUCCUCCUGCAGCCAGGAGGCCACCAGCCCCACACACGAGAGUAAGGAGCAUUUCUUUGACCUUUACAGAAACUCCAUAGAGUUCUUUGAGGAGAUCAGUGAUGAGGCGUCCAAGUUAGUGGAUCGACUGACGCAGUCAGAGAGGGAGCAGGAAGUAGUUUCAGACGAUGAGAGCAGUAGUGCCAUGGAAGUGUCCGUAAUCGAAAACCUGCCUCCGAUAGCGACCGAACACUCAGUCCCCGAGGACAUCUUUGACACAAGGCCCAUUUGGGAUGAGUCCAUAGAGACUCUGAUCGAACGUAUCCCUGAUGACAAUGGCCAUGACCAUGCUGAAGAUCAGCAGGAUGAACAGGAACGGAUCGAGGAAAGAUUGGCUUAUAUUGCGGAUCACCUGGGCUUCAGCUGGACAGAAUUGGCAAGAGAACUGGAUUUCACUGAGGAGCAAAUUCAUCAGAUUCGCAUUGAGAACCCUAACUCUCUGCAAGACCAGAGCCAUGCACUGUUGAAGUACUGGCUAGAAAGGGACGGGAAACAUGCCACAGAUACGAAUCUCAUUGAAUGUCUCACCAAGAUCAACCGGAUGGAUAUUGUCCACCUUAUGGAGACCAACACAGAGCCUCUGGGGGAACGUGUGAGUCAUAGCUAUGCCGAGAUGGAGCAGACCAUCACACUGGAUCACAGUGAAGGGUUCUCAAUUCUUACGGAGGAAGCACAGCACAAGCAGAAGGAGCUGAACACCUCAAAGGAGAGUGAGUUCUCUGAUCGCCCACCUAUAGUCUCCGAGGAGGACAUUUCUGUCAGCUAUUCCACAUUUCAAGACUGCAUCUCCAAGCCUGACGGGGACAGUCCUGCCAAGCCUGAUGGAGACAGUCCUGCCACCGAGCUCUUCCACAGGGAACCAGUGCAACAAGAUUUCUCAGGGAAAACGCCAGAUCCACUAGAGGCAAUGUCCCUUAAACAUCAGCAGGAAUACUUUGUGACCUCCCCAGGGACAGAAGAGUCCGAGACAGUAAAGGCUAAGGUCCUGUCCGACUCCCCCAGCAAGACCCCUGAAGAGAUUAGAAGCCCCUCUGAUGGGGAGAGGCCACAUCUCCAACUCCCAGCUUCUGCAGACCACAAAGACUCCCCUAUUGUCCAAGAACCUGAAGAACCCCGAGAGUCCACGGAGGAAAGUUCUGUGAGAAAAACGAGCCUGGUAAUUGUGGAGGCCACAGAUGAGCAGCCUCAGGCCUGUGAAAGACUUGAUGGUGAUGUGGCCUUCGAAAAGGAGCUCCUCGCAGAGUUAGGUGAGCUGGAGGCAAGCUCGGAUGAGGAGGCGAUGGUAACCACCAGGGUGGUCCGCCGGCGUGUGAUCAUUCAGGGUGAUGACAUGCCUGACAUCCCCCCAGAAUCAGUCACAGAGGAAGAGUAUGUGGAUGAGCAGGGACACAGGGUGGUGAAGAAGGUCACUAGGAAAAUCAUCAGGCGGUUUGUCUCCCCUGACGGUACAGAGAAAGAGGAGGUCAGUAUGCAGGGGACCCCGCAGGACCCGGUGCACAUAGAGGAUGGAGACAGCUACUCCAAGGUCAUUAAGCGCGUGGUAUUGAAGAGUGACACUCAGCAGUCGGAGGUGAGUGCCCCUGGCUGUUCACAAGGGCCCAGCACCUCCCACUUUCAGGCUGAACCCGUGGAAGGCCGAAGAGUAAGCAAAGUGGUGAAAACCACACUGGUCCAUGGAGAGAGGAUGGAGAAACAUCUGGGGGAUUCUAGCUUAGCCAUGGACCUUCCUUCAGCUAAAGAUGACUUUGAAGAGGCUCUGAGUUACACAGGUAGUGGCCUCAAAGUCCACUUCCCCAGCUUAGUAGAGAAGGAAAUUCUGAGAGAGGAUGGAUCAGUCAUUAAAAGGACCACCAUGAGUAAGGCCAGCACCCAGAAGAGGGCUGUGGUGAAGGACUGGCACGGCAAGCGUGUUUACCUGGAGCACCUGGAGGAUGUGCCCCAAGCCCUGGCCCCGGACAACCUUCAGCGCGACCUCCAGCGCCUCCUGCGGCAUUUCAGCCCAGAGGACCUGGAUCCAGAGGCCAAAUGAGAGAAUGGGGGUGUGCGCUGCUCCAUUCUCAUUCCAGACACCACUUUCACUCACUCAGUAUGCAACUGCCCUGGAGGCCAGGCCGGGCCUCCCCCAGCUCAGCGUUUGGUUUCAGUUCUCCUGCCCCCAAAGCCCCUGUCCUUUUUCACUGUAAGCUAAUUUGUGACCAAAGAGAGCAUCCUUGAUGUCGGGUGCCCUACGUCCCCCACAAUUCUGUCCGUCUGUGCUGAGUCGGGACCCGCUGUUCCCCACUUUAAGCUCCGCUUCUGUGCCAGCCUUCACCUCCCCCAGGAAGCACAGACGAGGAGGGCAUCACCCUGAAGGCUGGCUCCAGGGACGGUCCCUGCAAGCAUCCCCCGACAAGGCUCCACACACUGUUGUACAUAAGGAGAAUGCUCAGAGGAACCCCGGUUGGAGUUGGAUCCACGGUUCAUCCCAGGCGUCCUGGCCUAGCGCUGGUCCCAAGAUGCUCCAUGAACGAUAUUGCUGACACAAUCGAAUGGGAAUCCCGGUCCGCUGCAGACCGUCCAAGCCCUGAAAACCUGCAGAGCAGCCGGUGCUCCAGCCCCGCUUGGCUGCUAGUCGCAGGGGCUCCUUCGGUGCUGGCCCGUCUCCACUCGUCCCAUUUCUCGCCCAUCUUUAGCUGUAGGGGCUCAGAGCGAGGGGGAGAGAUGCUGUGGUGUGUGGCAGGUGACUGCAUCCCGGGGCACUUCGGCACCUUCAGGUGGAUUUUUGGACUCGUUGGCAGGGUAUUUUUAAAAAGUUCUAACUACUGUAGUUCCCCACUUUUCAUUGCUGCUUUAGCAAACCACACUGUCUUAUUGGUGGUACUUUCUUCUGGCCACUGCACUGUAGAUAA